AAUGAAAUCUGUGCCAAGAGAAAAAGAAAACAAGGGGAAAAUUUAUAUAUAUUUUUAUGGGGCCUUUUUGUGAUCAUGACGACGUUGGCAGUAUUACAAUUUAGAGAAUAUAAAUAUAUAUAUAUAUAUUUUGUAUGAAACUGUAGCAGAUAGCUCUGUAUAUAUUCAGAGAGAGGGAAUCAAAGGUCAAAGUAAGGCAGUUGGGUAGGGGUAAUGAUUUAAGGGAAGCAGAUCAGAAACUCGUGAUGGGAUUUUCGUUUUAUUUUUCUCUAUUCUUUUUUAUCUGAAAGUGUGCAGAGAUUAUAGAGUAUAGAAUCAGAACAAAGCCAGCAGUACGCAGGUGUUAUCAGUGCUCCUUAAGGAAUUUACAGCUUCGUCUCUUCCUUUUCUCGUGAUCUUUCUUUCUGUCUUUCCCUUUCCUUCCCUUUGUUGUUUAUACUUUUAUAUUUCUUUCUUUCUUUCCUUCAAGGGCUUCUGCACCUUGUGCCUUGCUGCUGCUGCUUUGUACCUAGACAAUUCCAACAAGAUCGAAAGAAGCCGGAGUAAAAGCUAACAUAAAAACCAGAAAGAUAGGUUUUUUUUUUUAAUAAAGUUUUUGUUAAGUCUUUCUCUCUCUUUGUUUCUUUUUCAUUGCAAGUGAUAGUAAAUAAGGGGAUUCCUUGCGGAGAAUCUUGGUGAAAGCCUGAAAGGAUAUACUUUUGGCUAAAAAGGGCUGGCUUCGAGAUACCCAUUUGAGUUUUUAAUCAAAGGGUUGUAAAGAUUGAAACAAGUUGAGAAAUGGGUAGUUGUGGGAGGAGUGGUGCAGUGAGACAGUACAUAAGAUCAAAGGUGCCUCGUUUAAGAUGGACUCCUGAACUUCAUCACUGUUUUGUUCAUGCCAUCGAAAGGCUUGGAGGUCAAGACAAAGCCACGCCAAAACUUGUUCUCCAACUGAUGGAUGUGAAAGGACUCACCAUUUCACAUGUGAAAAGCCACCUUCAGAUGUACCGGAGCAUGAGAAGUGAUCUCGGCAGACAAGAUAGGAGUUCGACCCAUCAAAGAAGACAAUCAUUUGAGAACCAUGAUGGAUGUGUUGAUGAAGUAGGUGAUAUGGGUUUUCACUCAACUUCAAAACCCAUUGAAGAAUCAGAUUCUCAUUUGAUCUACAGUCCUCCUCCUUCAAAAAGAGCUAGAAUCGAGACCAGGAGUUCAAUCUCUGAUCAGAAUCUGCAAUGCAGCCAAGGAAUAUGUGAGACAGUCUCAAAUCCGUACUCUUUUGAUGAUUAUCUGCAGACCAUGGCUGUGCAUAAGGGAAUAAAGGAAGGUAAUGGUGCUUUCAUAUGGGAGCACACCCAGUCUCAUUCCCAGGGUCAAUCCACAACCUUCUCUCUGCCGUAUGAUCUUUACAACCUCAACUCUUUCAAAUAUUCGAUGGAGGAAUCUGAUUUCCUUAAGGUUGCCAAGGUAGAAGCAGAAGAUCAUCACACACAUGUUGAACGAACUGUGAGGAGACGCGCAGGGGACAAGGAAGAAGUAGGCGGUGGUUGUGAAUUAUCAUUGUCACUCUCAUUGCAUCACCCAUCUUCCCAGAAAAGUAACACAUCUUCCACGAGUGAAAUCAGCAGCAGCGAGGCGUUCUCAUCAUACUCGAGGUCUAAUUAUAAAGACUGCUCCGGCACUUCCUCCGCCCAACGUAGUGUAAACUUAGAUCUUUCUAUUGCUCUUUGUGGCAACUAAUGUCUCCCAUAUUUCUUCUUUAUGAGUUAGGUUUCUUUUUUCCCUCCACCACCAUUUUAAGCUUAUAUAUAUAUAUAUAUAUAUAUAUAUAUAUAUAUAUCUUGGUUCUUAUUGCUUUUUCUUCUCCUUCUAACUCUCUGGUUAAUCAUGGCUCUAGCUCUCAUCUGGGGUUUGGUUUAGGGUGUAUGACCUGAAAUAGCAAGAACUUACCUAUAGUUUUCAUA